AUGGUCGGUGACGUGUGCCGCGACAAGGACGGUGUGCGUGCUGCAGCGGUCUUUGCCGAAAUGGCCGUCGAACUGUACUCUCAGCGCAGCACGGUCGUCCGUACUCUCCACUCGCUCUACGAGAAAUACGGUUACUACGCCACCAACAACCGCUACUUUUUCUGCUACGACCCGGCAUUGAUGGAAACCAUCUUCGGGCGCAUUCGCAACAAUGGCCAAUACAGCGAGGCCUGCGGACCCUACAAGAUCAAAAACAUUCGAGACCUUACCACCGGCUACGACAGCUCUCGGCCAGACAAGAAGGCGAUUCUGCCCACGUCUUCUUCGACGCACAUGAUCACCUUUUUCUUUGAGAACGGGUGCGUGGCUACGCUGCGAGGCAGUGGUACUGAGCCAAAGCUCAAGUAUUACAUCGAGCAUCACGGUCCUUAUGGGGACAGCGCGGGCAUCGACAGGGAGCUUGCGGACAUUUCGCACCACAUCAUCGAGCAGUUCCUGGCCCCGACCAAGAACGGCCUGGCUGCCCCCGCUGAGUAG